CAUGAAUUUUCAAGUACCAGUCCUAAAUAUAUGCACUGUAUUUCACUGGAUUAUAGAAAUUCAUACUUCGUUAUGUUUUCAACGUGAACGUAUUUUCGGCUUAGGAUUUGAUACAUAUACCCUUGACAGUAUUCUGCCCUAAAGUUCUAAAAUCAGUUGAGCAUGCCAUAGCUAAGAUGAUACCCCUCUCCCGUAUACCAAGGAGAAACCAUGUAUCUGCUUUUAAAUGCUCGAUGGUGUAUGGCACUCGGCCUUACAGUGACCUACGAGGUCCAGUGAAAUACAACCUGGAUCAAUUUCAUAAACAGGAUCCCUUCAUCCGUCAGACUAGAUUUGGGAUCCCUGCAUCUCAAGGGCUCCAAGCCCGUCAUAAUGAGACUACUCACGACAAGUUAAUGCGAGCCGGCUAUCUACGCCAAUCACACUCAGGGGUUCAUCAUAUGCUUCCUCUAGGUCUAAGGGUUGAGGAAAAGUUGCAGGCGUUAAUAGAUAAGUAUAUGCUUCAGAUAGGCGCGUCUAAGAUGUCGCUAUCGUCUAUUUCUCGUCAGUCACUAUGGGAAAAAACGAAUCGGUUAGCGGGCUAUGGCCAGGAGCUAUUUCGCUUUCGUGAUAGGAAAGACGCAGCCUUAUUACUUGCGCCAACUCAUGAAGAAGAGAUAACGGCGCUUGUGUCGGAAUCGUUUAAUUCUUACAAACAACUUCCCCUGAAGCUUUAUCAGAUUGGUCGUAAAUACCGCGAUGAGUUUCGCCCACGGGCAGGACUUCUUCGGUCUAAGGAGUUCCUCAUGAAGGAUCUCUAUACUUUCGAUUACUCAGUCGAGUUAGCACUUUCUACCUAUGAGGAAGCACGGGCUGCUUACUCCCGGCUUUUCGAUGAGUUAAAGCUCCCAAUUCUAUGUGCAGAAGCUAGCUCUGGCGAUAUCGGAGGGGACAAAAGCCACGAAUAUCACCUUCCUUCCUCGCUUGGAGAGGAUUUUGUGGUGAGAUGCAGCAGCUGCGACUACGUCGCAAAUGAAGAGGUUGCUUCUACACAGAUUUCUCCCCCGGAAGACAACAAGGAGGAUAUCGAUUGGAGCACCGUUAGUGUCUGGCGCGGUGUCUCCAAAGAUAGAGAAACUCUCAUCAACGUCUGGUAUCCUGCUUCGUUCAAGGGCAGCGAUAUAAACACACACGCUAUCAAAGCAGUCUUUCCCGAAUUAGACUCAAGUCUUGACGACUCAAUUCCCUUUUGGUCUUCUGCGCCUCCUAAUUUAACUAAGCCUAGAGAAAGCUUACGAAUAAUGAAUAUCGUCGAUUUUCGGCUUGGACCACAUUUUACCGGAGCGAUCGAAGCCAGGCUAAAGAGCUCAUCUUCUAAACUAAUAAUACCUAAAGAUAGUGACAUCAACGUUUCUGAUACUACUAAUAGUUUCAUUCUAUCAUCGGCGGAUGGAAGUCUCCUCAACGUCAUUCAUAUUCGUGAUGGCGAUACGUGUCCCCGCUGUGAGUCUGGAAAGCUAGACGUCCAAAAAGCAAUCGAACUCGGACAUACAUUCUUUCUCGGAACGAAGUACUCUCAGGCACUCAACGCCAGCGUCGACGUACCUUCACACUUACUUGGAGACGAAGCCAUGUCAUCUAAACCAGGGGGCGUAACGCGAGUACACUAUCAGAUGGGUUGUCAUGGUAUUGGUGUAUCUCGCAUGAUAGCUGCCAUCGCAGACCAUCUAGUCGACGAAAAGGGGCUCAAUUGGCCGCGCGCCAUUGCGCCUUUUGAAGUAGUACUUAUUCCGAACGAACAUUCGGAAGAAGACAACACCACCGUGCUACAACACCUAACAGAGCCAAAUGGCCCCCAACCCUUCGAUAUAAUGCUUGACGACCGUAACGGAACGAUACCAUGGAAACUCAAAGACGCUGAUCUGAUAGGAUACCCAGUUAUUGUACUCCUGGGUAAAAAAUGGACGGCGAGUCGACUCGCAGAAGUUCAAUGCAGAAGACUGAAAAGUAAGGAGUUCGUACCACUCGAAGAUAUUCGUGCGCAUGUCGAAAAACUUCUUUCACAACUCUAGAAAUAUCUCAGGUAAUAUAGGGGAUUUCGAGAACUUGCGUAGGUAUUUUGCAUGGAGGCUAUUCGUUUUGGCUGAAGAAUUGAGAGAUAAUUGACCAAAGAGAUCUUUACGAUUAAGCCAACCUGCACAUGACCAUCACGAGCCGUCCUCGUUAUACGAUAAUUCCAAGUCAGCCAAAAUCUCCCCUCGCCUUGGCGUCCAAUAGUGGACGAAUUCUGCCUUUGUUUUACGCGCCGAGCUGAAACUGGUACAUGUUUCGAUGAGGUGAAAACCCGUUUAUAUUCCGUAGAAGCGAUUGUAAUGAAAGCUACCAGCCACUUCAUCAUCCGAAC